AUGCCGUUUGUUGAUCUUGUUCAAACAGGAGCAGCGUCGCUGGCACGGAAGUCAUUGAAUUCAAACCUACCUGGUUUACCAAAACAACGUAAAAUAAAGAAAUUUACUAUGACUAAAUAUACAAUAUACGAAACGAGCAAGGCAAUGUAUAUUGUUGGGAGUAAUAAGCGGGAAACUAUGUUUAGAAUAUUGGAAAUCGAUCUAACAAAGCCAAAUGAUAUGUUGGUAGUUGCCGAAGACAACGUUUUCUUUACUAGAAGUGAUGUUAUGGAUAUAUUACAGAAUAUAGAAGACUCAGAAAAGGAUGGUUUGAAUAAAAAGUUAACUGGGCAUGGCUUGCUUGGUUUUAUUAAGUUUACAGAAUGUUAUUAUUUACUUGUUGUUACGAAAAUUAGCCAUGUAGCUGUUGUGGGGGGUCAUUCAUUAUAUCAUAUUGAUAGUACAGAACUUGUCCCAAUAUCAGCAUCUUAUAAGAAACCGGAUGCUACUGAAUCUAAGUUCCUUUCUACAUUCCAAAAUCUUGACUUGACUAAAUCUUUCUAUUUUAGUUACACAUAUGAUCUAACAAAUACGCUACAAACUAAUAUCCUUAGAAAGAAAUUAGAAGGAGUUGGUAGGGAAGAUAUAAUGAUACCAUCUGGGAUAAUUGAUUAUAAUGAGAUGUUUAUGUGGAAUAGUCAUCUAUUGGAGGACGUUAUUCCCUGUAUCGAUACUGUAUACGAUUGGUUUCAGCCGAUAAUUCAUGGAUUUAUUGAUCAAGUGAAUGUUUCUCUGGAAGGUAAAAGCAUAUUUGUCACACUUAUAGCCAGAAGAUCUCAUCAUUUUGCGGGGGCGAGAUUUUUGAAGCGAGGUGUGAACAAUCAUGGCUAUGUUGCAAAUGAUGUAGAAACGGAGCAAAUUGUUUCUGAUAUGGGGCUGACAUCUUUCCAUGCUCCAGGGAAAAUGUAUUACGAUAGCGAUAGAUACACUUCAUUUGUGCAACACCGAGGUUCUAUUCCUUUAUUUUGGUCUCAGGAAAUGUCCAAUUUGACUACUAAGCCGCCAAUCGAAAUCAACGUUAUGGACCCAUUCUAUAGCUCUGCUGCUAAGCAUUUUGAUAACUUGUUUCAGAGGUAUGGUGGAGGUCCUAUACAAAUUUUAAAUCUAAUUAAGACGAAGGAGAAGACUCCGCGUGAGACUAAGUUGCUAAUAGAAUUUGAAAACUGCGUUAAUUAUUUAAACCAGUUCCUCCCCACUGAAAAGAAACUACAAUACACAUCUUGGGAUAUGAGCAGGGCCUCAAAAUCUCACGGGCAGGUUGUGAUUGAAUUUUUGGAAAGAUAUUCAAGUCAGACGUUAGAAACUACAGGUAUUUUUCAUAAUGGCUCAACGUUUAAAACCACGAAAAUACAGGAAGGUAUAUGUCGAACAAAUUGUAUCGAUUGUUUGGAUCGAACAAACGCUGCGCAGUUUGUAAUUGGAAAAAGGGCGUUGGGGAUGCAAUUGCAUGCUCUUGGCAUUAUAGAUAAUACUUAUUUAGAGUAUGAUUCAGAUAUUGUGGAUAUUUUGACAGAACUAUUCCAUGAUCACGGUGACACAAUUGCACUGCAGUAUGGCGGUUCCCAUUUAGUGAAUACAAUGGAAACAUACCGAAAAAUUAACCAAUGGCGAUCUCACUCUAGAGAUAUGGUAGAGAGUAUAAAAAGGUUUUAUAGCAACUCAUUUGUGGAUGCCCAACGGCAGGAGGCAAUUAAUCUUUUUUUGGGCCAUUAUGUAUAUCAAGAGGGACAGCCUAUGUUAUGGGAUAUGAAUACGGAUUUCUAUCUCCACAAUAUGUAUAAUAUUGGAGAACCGAAAAGAAGUUAUAGUCAUUGGUGGAAUGAUUUCCAUAUAAAAAGCAUUCGCGAGAUUAUUAAAACUGAAAUUAUCGAUAAUAACAAUGAUAUUACUAGAGAUAAACUAGUUGCAUUUGUAAGAGGUUACCCAUCGUCUUACGACAAUUAUUGGAAUGAGUACUACAUGCCGAGGUCUUUUAUUUCUUUCAAGGACCUGUUCGCUUUUAACAUGAAUUCAACUAGGCAUUACCAUUUGGAGGAAAAGCAAAAGGGCAAAACGCUUUCACCGUUUAUUUCCAAGAAGCAAAGCUCUUUAAAUGCCAAGUUAAAAGCCCUCACAGAAAAAGCAGAAACCUCUGCUGUUCAACUGAAGGAUGAUCAUACCAACAUGUUUUCUGAAAAAGAUGAGUUCGAUCUUUGUAACAGGGAGUUAUUAAUUUAUGCUGCCAGAGCAAAACUUUUGGCUCGAAAAUUGGACAGAUUUGUUAUUGACACGAAGUGCUUUGUUGAAGACGCCGCUUCCACUGGACUUGAUACUAUCACCCAUGCCUCGUAUGAGGACUUGAAUCAUAACUUCCAGAAUACCUUAUCAUCGUACCAAACUGUUAGUCCGAGUGACCGAAGGUUCUACGAAGACAUGAUUAAUAUAGAAGCUUACUCACCGAUUGAAGACUAUACCAAGUACUUCGACACCACCAGCAUUGAUAUAAAAGAAGAACAACGCGCCUUGUAUGAGUGUUUCUUUCUUUAUGAUAAACCUGGACAUCUACAUCCUCUUAACCCGUGCUAG